AGAGAGUAAAGGGGAGGAGACAAACUGCAGGGGAGAGUCUUCAGUUAGAGAGAAUACUGAGAACAGUCACUGGAACAGGCUUGCUGUGCUCUCUCUCUCCACUGCUCAAUCAACACACAUGCACAUGCACACACGAACACAUGCACACACAAAUGCACACACACACACACACACAAAGACGAAGAAACGGGUGGGGGGGGGGCUCUAGGAGACUGACAAAGGAAGGAAACGGAAUGGGGCUGAGCUCUCAAGUCUGAGCCUGACACACACAGACACACACACACUCACUCGCACACACAUACCCACACUCCAGUGGGGACUCCAGACCAGCAACAGUAGCAGCCAGCCAGUGAGCCAACCAGGCAGAGGGGGACAGGCAGCAUGGUGAUGUCGCUGGAGGGAGUGGGGCAGAGCAGGGGUAACCAGAGCUCCAUGUUCCCAGGUCAGAGACCCCCGGCACAGGCAACAGCAGCAGAGGCUCAGCCCCCGACGGCCAUCCCCUUCACAUGGAUCCUCCCAGCACAGACUCAGAGAGCUCCAGCUGAGGGCCGCAGCACCAGGUCUUGGUCCUGAGACGAACCCGACAGGGAGGCUUCCAAGGGGGGCUUCCAGCCAAGGCAAGACGGGGUCUGACCCUGGGUCUGGGAGCGCCAGGGUUGGAGAAAGGAACUUACCAGGCCAUUUGGAGGGAUCCAGGGUCUGGGCCAGACCUGGACAGCUUAUGGAGUCUUGUCCUGGCUCAUGAACCUAAGUCUGUGGAAGAAUUUUUUUAAAUCUGGAUUUUGGACAUUUGGAGGAGUGGGAUACCUGUUAUGUAGUUCUGACGGUCCAGUGUCUAUGGGAAACCGGGAUCUUCUGUCUUGAUUCUGGGAAGUCUAGUUGUGGUGUUUGCAGGAGCUAAACAGGACUAUGGGUGAUCCCCCAAAAUGGGGUCGAGCGUGGGGGGGCUGCGUGCUGCGCUGGCUGGGCCUCAGACUCUGCCGGAGGAGCACGCUUGUCUUUGCUCUGCUCUGGUUCGGCUCCUGGGUCUUCCUCAACGGCCUGGUUAUGGUCCACAGGACCCUCCUCUCUGACUACUGCACCAAUGACAAGAGCAGGAGGAUCCUGAACCGACUGUGCGAGGAGUACCGUGAGGGUUCCCUGACAGGGGACAUGUGUGAGGAUCUGUGCGUGCACGGCCGCGUGUCCUACCAGCGCUGCCUCUACUAUGAGAACGGGAAGAAGGUGAUCGAAGCCCGAUGGAAUGGUUCCCCCGUGGUUCUGAAGUCCAAACUGGAGAACUUCUCUUCCUAUGAGCCCCUGGGACUGCUGGAGUACCAGGAGCCUGGAGAGGAGCUCUCUCCCCUGGACAUGGUCUUCUACGCCACCCUGGAGAUCAGGAACUCCCUCGGUCUGGAGGUUGGUAACUCUUCCCUGGAGAACCUGUUGAGCCAAGGACUUGGAGGAGCAGCAGCAGGGAGAGGAGCUGUUGGACGCAUCGUAGGAGGAGGAGCAGGAGGAGCAGGUGUGCGGUCAUACAGCCAGGCAGAGCUGGCCUCCCUGUGGUCUCUGCUCCAGCAGGAGGAGUACACCAUUCUCCGUGUGCUCCAGGAUCUCACCCCCCACGUGGCCAUGGUUACAGGUUCCUGUGGACACUUCUACGCGCUCGAGUACCUGUGGGCAGGACAUGCCUGGGACCAGAACAUCUUUCCUCUGGAGGAGGUGUCUGUCGCCGGGGAAAGCCCCCUAUCUGGAGGUCUUGGGUCUGGGGGAAGGUGGAGGGCCAGGGAGAUGAUUCACAGGAUAGCGCUGAGCUUCCUGGACAUGGUGUGGCACUUUGACCAUGACUUCACACACAGGCUGCACCUGUGUGACAUUAAGCCAGAAAACUUUGCCAUCAGGAAGGACCUUACUGUUGUAGCCAUUGACGUGGACAUGGCCUUCUUUGAGCCCAAGAUGAAAGACCUGUUAGACCAGAACUGCAGUAGCCAGGAUGACUGUAACUUCUUUGACUGUGCAUCACGCUGCGACCUGAGAAAGAAACGCUGCAGCCGGCGUCGGAGGAACAGCAACUUGCAGGUGAUCUGUGAGAAGAUCUUCAGGCCGUGGUUCUCUCCCACUCUGCUCGGGGCUAAAGCAGGGCUCCCCCUGCAGGUGGAGUUGCAGAAGGCAGUGCAGGAGUGCUCCGAAACCGACCGAGGAGAGGAAGAAGAGGAGCAGAGAGGGGAGAGGCGGAGUCUAGACGUCCAACAGCAUCUCCAUGGCAUCCUGACACGUCUCCUCAAAGAGGGUGGAGUCACAGAGGAAGGCGGGGCUACAGAAAGGACAGGCUACGCUCAUACAUCGUUAAACUUCUGAGACUGGUGCCUUGGUGACUUGUGCCUUGGUGACUGGUGUUUAUGAAACUGCAGAGACUAUGAAGAAGGUCAAGUCAUGUUAUGUCACAUCAGUCGCAGGCUGAAGACUCACUAAGAUAGUUUGAACGUUGUACCAGAAUGUGAUAGGCUUUAGUUAUCGGAGUUAAAGGGGUUAAAUGCAGAUAUUUAAGUUAAUCUACAAAAUAGCUUUGUACAGUUAACUUGAAUAAAUACAUACUUUAAAAGAA